GAGGUUGCUGAUUGGACAAAAUCGCUCAUUCCCACGUGAAGGGUUUUACUCACCGCCCGAAAAUUUCUCACAUUACACACGCCUUCACAGCGAUCGACACAACGCCCCCAGAAAUGUUCAGCAAUAUGCAACGAUCUCAGAGAAAGAGAUGUGCUCCUUCCUGGCUCAAACAGAAGCCUUAUCUUAAAAUAAGGUUUACGCAAGACGGUGUGACCACGAAAGUCACGGAGUCGUGGAGGAUCAAACUCAGACAAUAUAGUCAGGAGUUAAGUGGUUCUCUGGCAAAUUACUCGUUUCGUGUUGGCCAAGUUGUCUGGUGCUACUGGAAAACCGCGAAUGAAAAGGAAAAGGCUUAUUUUGAAGCCCACAUUAUUGAGGUGUGGGACAACACUGCAGAAGUGUCAGAGAUAUCAUCGACCGAGGUGGACGAAAUAAGUUCAGACGAAUUCGUCGAGAAUAACGACAUUGAAGAUGUUGCUGAGGAAGCUUCUCCUAGAAAAAAGAAACGAAAGAACGCAAAAGAAACCAACAAGGUCGCCAAACAACGUGCUGAAAAAUCGACCACGAGUAUCGACGAAGAGGCAAGAGCUGCUAAACGACAAGCUAAUAAGGAAAAGGCAGCAGAAGAAAAAGCCAGAAAGGAAGAUAAUGAGCAACAGACCAAAGAGUUGCUGGAAAUCUCAGAUGAAAACAUGGAUAUGGUCUUUGACUUUAUGCAGCAAAUCAUGUCUCGCUUGGACUGCCUUGAAAGGAAGAUUGAUAGAAAUCAAGAAUAUUUUGAAAAACUUUUGAAAAAGAUUGAAAAGAGAAAGAAGGAUCAUUCACUUCCUGUACAAGUUUUUGUCAGUAAAUCUGGUGAUGGCACUGAAAGACCUUCCUCACCGAGUCUAUCUCAGACAAGCCUUGAGAGUUGUAGCCCUCUGUUUUGCUCAACUCCAAGGGCUGGUCUGCCUGCAGGAACCAGCAACUCGAGCUCAACAAAGGUUACAGAAAGGGAAAGCAUCAGUGAAGUUGAGGCUCCCAAAGAUAACGAAACAUGUGAUGAUGUUAUUGAUGACUCCACUGGAAUGGAAUCUUCACGUUUGGGGGAUGAGUUUGCAAUAAUUGGAGAUCCCAAGUUUGGUGUGAAAACAAGCAAAGAGUGCUUUGACAACAUUGUCAAUCACUCCCACUCGCCUGCAGCUCUUGCGCUGAACCUCUUGGACAAUCUAAUUCCAAAAGAUGUGCAGCGCAUCUCCAAUGUAAAGGGAACAAAUGGAAAGUCUCCUUUGGACCCAAUGAUUCUAGCAGCUAUAAAAGGUCAACUCAAAAGACAAUUCAAGUGGACUGAGGAGGAAGUUGAAAAAAACUGGGGAGGAAAAACAGGAAUCCAGCAAAAGAUUGCCGAUAAGUGCAGGAAUUUAAAUAAGUCCAACAACAAGUCCAAAUAGACAGUCUCAUAAUAAGAAAUCAGAAUUUUAAUCACUAGCUUCUUCGUCUAAUUUUUUAUAACAUGAAUUAAGGUUUUGUUUUUCUUGUAUUCUUUCAUAUACAGCCAAUUUUUAAAAUUUUGAGCUUUAACACUGUUAAUGGACUGUAUAAAUCAUCUAGAAAAAGUAAUAUGUUAAGUUUUGUUUUGUUAUUCUUUAUAAAAUGUUCAGUUGCUUAUUUUUUUAAAUGAAACAACAUUAAACACAUGCUUGUUAAAUGUGAAACUGCAAAUAAAUUGUGAGAUCUUUAUCACAUUUA